AAUGCACUUCGCUACUCGCUGCUUUUGUUCCCUACGUCAGUCUUGCGUCAGUGUGCGGAACUGAAGAGAAAUGUCGUCGCGUUGGUGGAGGUUUUAGUUUCUUUCAAGUUAAUUUCAGUGUUGUAAAAUUUGGAGCUAUUUUACAAAGCAGAUAGACUUUACAAUGGCUGCCUGUGGACCCUCUAAAGCUGAGUUUGUGGUUGGUGAAAAAUAUCGUUUAGUGAGGAAAAUCGGUAGUGGUUCUUUCGGGGACAUUUAUUUGGGAAUCAACAUCACAAAUGGAGAGGAAGUGGCUGUAAAGCUUGAGCCUGUAAGAGCAAGACAUCCACAACUAUUGUUUGAAAAUAAGCUGUACAAGAUUCUUCAUGGAGGAAUUGGUAUCCCACACAUUAGAUGGUUCGGCCAGGAGCGGGACUACAAUGUCCUCGUCAUGGACCUGCUGGGCCCCUCCCUCGAAGACCUGUUCAACUUCUGCUCGCGGCGCUUCACGAUCAAGACGGUGCUGAUGCUGGCGGACCAGAUGAUCGGCCGCAUCGAGUACGUGCACUGCAAGAGCUUCAUCCACAGAGACAUCAAGCCCGACAACUUCCUCAUGGGCAUCGGCAGGCACUGCAACAAGCUGUUCCUCAUUGACUUCGGGCUGGCCAAGAAAUUCCGUGACUCUCGCACUCGGAUGCACAUUAUUUAUCGAGAAGACAAAAACCUCACAGGCACAGCUCGAUAUGCCUCUAUCAAUGCACAUCUAGGAAUUGAACAAAGUCGCAGAGAUGACAUGGAGUCACUAGGCUACGUCUUGAUGUACUUUAACAGAGGGGCCCUGCCUUGGCAAGGACUCAAGGCCGCUACUAAGAAACAAAAAUAUGAGAAAAUUAGUGAGAAGAAAAUGUCAACGCCUGUUGAGGUGUUAUGUAAGGGCUUCCCCGCUGAGUUUGCAAUGUACCUCAACUACUGUCGAGGGCUGCGCUUUGAAGAGGCCCCCGACUACAUGUACCUCCGGCAGCUGUUCCGCAUUCUGUUCCGCACACUGAACCACCAGUACGACUACACAUUCGACUGGACCAUGUUGAAACAGAAGGCUGCCACAUCGGCCGCAGGGGGUGGGUCGGCGGGGACCACUGGUAAUAUAGGUGGUGCCGGUGCGUCUACGAAUGUGGCCGCAACAGGGGGUGACAAGGAUGUGGUAUAUGCGGCAUCGACAUAAACCCGAAACAAUAAGUAGCACCAGGAAACCGUUAGGGUAACCGAGUCAACAAAGUGCCGUGGCACAUUUAGUUCAUCUCCAUAUUUUGUGAUCAUCUUUGAAAGAAGAUGUUUCCGCAUUGUUUCCGCAAGAAUGGACUUAUUCAACUGUGGAAGGAGUGUGUGAGUGAUGUCAGUCAAGAAGAACCUUUAAACUUAAUUUUUUUCUUUACAUUUACUGGUUACUUUUGAUCCCGAAGACCGCGACUUUGCUGUACUUUAGUUCAUCAAUUUGUAUAAUACAGUCAGUAACUCCCUCCAAAAUCUUUGUUUUGAUGGAAUUGAAAAGCAUGGUGACUGUUAAUUCAGGCACAUGGUUUUCUUUUUGAUGCUAAUGUUAUGUUUUAAUCUAAGCAUUGUUCCUAUCAUUCACUUGAGUGAUAACAACUUUUUUUUUCUUUUGAUUUUGGAUCAUUUUUUCUGAACCUUUGAUUCAACCACUUAAUUUAUUUUUUUACCUUUAAGGUGAUUUCAUUACCACAUGAAAUAUUUCAGUGGGGUUAAAACUCCUGCCUCUUGGAUGUUGGCAUCCUUAAAUUGUAAUUUAGUGGCUCUCGUCCACUUCAAUAUUUCAAAUACAUACUAUUCUCAAACCUGUUAUCAUUUUUAUUAAAACAUUCGCUUCACACUUCCACAAUGUAUGUCUCUUUUAACAAAAUAAAAUGCCCCAAAGUAAAUUAAGAGUAAGUGUAUAUUUUGUUCUCGACCAGUAUGGGAUAUUCAUAACAAUUCUUUGUGCGCUGGCUUUUCUUAAACUCUCCUUUGUUGCUAAAAAUUUUUGUUCUAAAUUCUGUGUCUAUUGGAGAGCAUACAUGCAGCUGUUGUUUGCAUCAUGGUUCAUGAUUUACUGGUAUUCUUCUUAGACAUUUAGCUGAACUUCUGCCAUGGAAAUAUUCCCCUACAUGACUGAAUUUACUGCCAAGCUUCAUAUUAUCAUAGUAACUAGCACAUAUUUCUGUGUUUCUGAAUGCUACUUUAUGUUUCUAACAAAAUCUUUUUACUUCUGACAAACUUCAUUGGAGGAUGCUAAAUUACCAUUUCCCCUAAUAUCUUAAUAAGCCUUGUCAGUGAACAAGCUCUGCAAUGGACUGCAGUUUCUUUGUACAGUUAAACAUGCUUGUUUUAAUUAUUUACUGAAUGUACUUUACUAUGAGACAAUUUAAGUUAUUGUACUGUAACUGAAUACAUAUAGUGCAAUAUGAUGGGCUUAUUAAUUAGAAUGUUCAUCUAAGAUUGUCUGAAUGUGUUAUCAACAUUAAAUGUGCACUUUUGUUCAUUCAUGUGUUCUUUUUUUUUUCUAUGGAUGUUUUUUACUGUAUAGGUUUUAAUGCACCCUCCAAUAUGGUCAUGAGCAAUUGUUAACGUUUGAGAUCUGUGACAAAAGAGAGAUAUUGCAUCAUGUUAAGCUGGCAAGUCAAUUCCCACCUCUGUACAAAGUUGAGGAUAUCUGCUGAAGCUUCUGUUGACCUACAUCAUCUACAUUAGGGUCCUGUGCUAUUUAUGAAUAAUUUUUUUGUGUGGGUGUGGUGUGUAGCAACCAAUUAUUGGUUGUUAAUCUGUCCCUGCUUGUGACUUCACCUUUUUUUAAAACAAAUUACAUAAGUAAUUACUAAGAACUAAGUGUGGCCUAGGACAGUGAAAGGUGUGACCGUGAUAGGUGAUACCCUUUCUAUGUUGGUUGCCCUUUAUAUUUGUUAUAUAAACAGUUAGGUUCCGGGACAGCUAAUGUUUGAGAAAAUUUAGUAGCUGGCUUUUGUAAAUAUCUCACCAUCUCCACUAACUGACAUGGAAAACCAGAUACCUGCCAUUUGCAGAUAAUUUGUUUUCUCCCUCAAUUUGACUUUGCCAAUGUGAAGAUUAAGUUUUUGUUCUGCUAAAUUGGCUUAUGCCUCCAUUAGACAUUGGAUUUAAUAUUGUCUUUGAGGCUAGCAAAACUAAGGCUGUGAUAAACCUGUACUAUGCUAAUCAACAUGAUGCAUCUUUGUCUAGCAUAAACGUGCCUGGUCUCAAAGCUUUGUUAAAUCUUGUACAAUGUUACUUUGAGAACGGUAGUCUCUAUGCUGCUACUGGCUGACGCGAUCUCCAGUCAUGUUAGCUUAUUUAUCAUGUCAUUUUAGGUUAAGUUUACUUCAAGCACAUGGCUAGAGAUGCAAUGGCAUCAAAGGAAGGCAUGGGUUUUCCGUUCCAUUUUCAUUUGAUGCCAUUGCCAUACAAAUCUGUGAGCGCCUUUGUUAACUAGACAAUGGAAUGAGCUCUUUUAAAAUGUAUAGAGUUUAUCUGGUGUGUUUUGUUAGUGGACUUUGUAAGUAAGCAUCAUCAUUGUAAAUAUUAUGCAUUAAUGUAAGUAUAUACAGUAACUAAUGAGGAGUAGGAAUCAAACUUGUGUUUAGGAUUUUAAUAAAUUACCAAAUUUAAAGAUUGAGUAAUUUUCCUUUGAAAAACUCGGAUAUUUGUUUUAGACAUUUUGUUGUAAUGCGCCCCUUUCCCCCCUUUUUUUUAUGAGACCUUUACCUUGUUUCAUGUUUUCCUUUCCCCGCCCUUUUUUUAUCUGUUGAUCAUUGUUUUGCCCCAAUUAUUGGUCCCUCCUACUGAUGUGACCAGUACUGAUAUCAGAAAGUUGAACAUGUAUAAUGAAUUGUAAUAAAAAAAAGAAAAAUCCU